UCAAUCGUAUAUCUACCGUAGUGCAAUCCGAACCUCAGAAUCAGUUUGACCACAAUAAUUAUCAGCUGAAAACCGCUCAAAGUGACUGCAAAUAAUUCAACCGCAAAUCGACAUCCUUAUCGAGUCCCGGUGGUUCGGCAUUUCACGGCUCAACAGCUUUGCUGACAGCUGCUGAUUAAUUGAAUUCGUAUGAGAACAAAGCAUCCGUCAAGUGUGCUUCAGCUGUUUUGUACAUGAUAACGCGGCUUCGAACAGAGAAAAUGCCCCUUCAAUUUUGCGCAAAUUUGAACUUUAUGUUCACUGAGAGUGAAGACUUUUUGGAACGCUACCGAUUGGCAAAAAAGGCUGGAUUCAGCGCAGUUGAAGGUGUAUUUCCACCGGAUCACGUAAGCGUCGCCGAUGUGGCAAAGGUUCGUGACGAGACUGGACUCAAACAGGUCCUGAUAAACAUCGCAACCGGUAACGUUCCUAAUGGACAGUUUGGAUGUGCUGCUCUUCCAGGGCAGGAGGUCGCGUUCAGGGAAAAUUUGAAACGAACAGUUGAAUGCGCCAAGGCUUUACGAUGUGAGAAAAUCCACAUCAUGGCCGGAAAACUAACCACGCCAGCUUCAGCCGAACACGAUGCAACCUAUCUAAACAACUUGGAGUAUGCAGCGACCAUUCUAGAGCAAAACAAAUUACUCGGUGUUAUUGAGCCCAUCAAUAAGUAUGCUGUCCCUGGAUACUAUCUCGCAUGUUACGAGAAAGCAAUCCAAAUGAUUCAGGAGGUGAAUAGUCCUUGCUUGAAACUAAUGUUCGACAUCUUCCAUGCCCAGCACAUACGGGGUGACAUCACGACUGCCAUCAAAUCAUAUGCCCCUCACAUUGGGCACGUCCAGCUGGCACAAGUUCCCAACCGCAAUGAACCGAACACCGAUGGGGAACUGAACUAUCCGUACGUGUUGGAUACCCUUGCGAGGAACGGGUACAACAAUUGGGUUGGAUGUGAGUAUAAACCCAAAGCUGGGACGGUGGAAGGUCUUGGAUGGCUGCGGGACUUUGGCUACUGGAAGUGAUAGUCGAUAUUGACAGUGACAUUCGCUGGGAGAGUUAAUGGUAAAACAAACACAAAUGGUUUAAAUUUUUAACAAAGUUCAAUAAAAAGUUGUUGAUAGAAUUA